UACAUAUGUAUGUUAAUUUGCUUCUUUGCUUAUUUAGCGCAGCCAUGGCAGAAAAAAUCAAAUGGACUCAAGCGGAGAUUGAAAAUCUGAUAAAUUUGGUGCAGCAGUAUGAAUGCAUCUAAAGUGUGCAGGUUAUUUAGACCGCAACGCCAAAGCCCAAGCGUUUGAUAAAAUCUGCGAAGAUUUGGAAAUGCCGCAAUUAGACGUAAUAGAAGUGAAGAAAAAGUGGAAAAAUUUGAGGACACAGUUUUUGAGAGAGAUGCGAGAGUUGCCGGCUUCUAAAAAAAGUGGUUCAGGACUCUGCGUAUGUACACACCAAAAUUGUGGUGUUAUACACAAUUACAAUUUCUUGAAGCCCACACACAAAUAAGGAGCGGACAGAGUAAUUUUGAGAUAACAUUUGAAUUUUGUUUCUCAUGUUUAUUAAAAAAUACGUGUUUUACUUUUAAGGAUGUUACCCCUCCGCCCGAAAGCCCAGGAGGCACCUCGUCUGAUGUCUCAAACUUUUCCCAGUUUAGCCCAGGAGCCCCAUCGAGUAUUUCUCAUUCUUCCCCACUAAGCCCACAAACGACUUUAAGUGAAUUUAUUGAUAUAAGCACUGAAGCGAGUAGCAGUGGCGCUAGCAAAGAGCCACAGAAGAAACGGGCAAAGGACGGUGCACUGUACAGGUUACCGAAGGAUUUGGCCUCAUUCAAAGACAGAAUCUGCGAAAAACGCACGAAGCCAUUUUCUUGGCUGGGUAACUUGGUAGCAACCCAAAUGGAGGAGAUAAUUCCCGAACAGCAAGACGACGCUGCGUGGGAGGUUCAAUGCCUUAUGCGAAGACUGGUGCAAGAACGCCUCAUCUUCGCAACCUGUUUCGUGUGACCUGCUUCAAGAUGCAAUGAGUGGAGUCUUUUAUAAAACUGAUUUUGAAUGACUGUAAGUAAUAUGGAUGUCCGUUCUAUAAAAGCAAAUCAAAAAUGUUUAUCUCUUUAUUUUUACAACUCCUUAUAACAAUUAGUGCUGUGAAAUAGAAGAAGUACCUGGAAUGUGUAUUUUUAUUUUUAUUUUAUUUAUUUCUUUUUAAUGUACAAAAUUUGUGAUGAUUUUUUUUUUUUACGAAAGACUGAAUUAUUAUUAUAUAAGUUAUGUGUAAGUGUAGUUUAGGAAAAAGCUCUUUAAUGAAACCAUUGAAGUACAAGGUUUUGUUUGUGAAAUUCAAACAACGAAAACCCGUGUACCUUAACUUUUUAUAUUGACUGUAUCUACAUUCACACAUAUAUCUAA